GCAUUCAGCAAACAGAUAUCAGCGAUUACACGUCGUUUGAAAACGUGUCGGGCUUUGUAUUAUGUGAUGAGAUGAAGUUUUGAUUUGCUUACAUCGUUUGAGCUGUCAAAGCAGGCAUUUUUAGUGAUAAAAUGCCACCCAAAAAAGGAAAAGGACGAGGUCGGGGGAGGGGUCGAGAUCCAUCUCCACCCCCUACUUCACAAGGCCGUCCAGCCCCAACUUCUCAAGGUCAUCCACCUCCUAUUUCACAAGCUCGACCACCUCCUCCAACUUCAGAAACUAGAACAGCAUCUGCUUCACAAGGCAAGAAAAGCAAGACUACCACGGCAUCAGUUGAAGCCGUUGAAACAGGAAUUCCUGAAAGAACACUUGCUUCUCAAAAACAAACAAUGGAAUCUGAUUCUACAAGCCAGUCUUCAAGAGAUAGCGCAAGUCAAAUUAUGGAAAAAGUUGCUGGUUUAAGCAUUAAACCAAAACCAUAUGAAGCUCCUAAGAAAAAAGUAUCUCCUAUCAAAAGGCCAGGAUAUGGUACUGCUGGACGAAAGAUUGCUCUAUUAGCCAACUACUUUGUUUUGAAAUUUCAAGAUGUCUCUGUCUAUCAUUAUGAUGUUGACAUAGUUGAUGGCCCUAAAGAUAAGAAAAAGGGCAAAAGUGUUGUACUUGAAGGUAGAACAGCUAAGGAAGAUAUGCAGAAGAAAGUGGGGCAUGUAGAGCAUCAACAAAAAAGAAACAUGGGUAAAGCUAAAUGUAGAGAAAUUGUAUCUGAAAUGGUGAAAUCUAAAGCACUUCAAAAGUAUAAUCCAGUCUAUGAUGGGCAGAAAAAUAUUUUUACUAAUCAACCUUUACCUUUUAAAGAGAAAACUUCUAUAGAUGUUGAAAUGGAAGUGGAAGGUAGAAAGAAAAACUAUAUCAUUGUCAUUCAACCCGUGCAGAAAAUAGAUGGAAGCAAUAUUAUUAGUUUAGAGCCUCUGAGAGAACUAUAUAGAGGACGAUCAACUGAAAUACCGCAAGAAGUCUUGUUAGUAUAUGACACUGUAAUGAAUCAUCGUGACCCUCCACUUACUCAAGUACACAUUAGAAAUUCCUUUUUUACACUAAACCCAAAGGGUGCUUGUCAAUUAGGAUCUGGCUUAGAGAUAUGGUUUGGUUACAGUCAAAGUGUUAGACUUGCUGAAGAGGGACCAGUUCUUGUUGUUAAUUUGGCUGCAAAAGCAUUUCACAGAGCAGGUUCUGUAAUUGAUUAUGCUUGUGAUGUACUAAAUACAGAUAUUACUAAAUCUCCAAAGUUAGAGCCAAGGUCUAUCUUCGAAAUCGAAAAAGCGUUAAAGGGUGUAAGAGUUAAAGUUACGCACCAAAAACAACCUCGGAAGUAUAAGGUUAAAGGAGUUUCCAAGGUUUCAGCUAGAGAAUUAACUUUUGAUUCAGGCUCAAAAAAAAUAUCUGUUGAGCAAUAUUUUCGCGAAAAUUACAAAUAUCAAUUGAAAUAUCCUUACUUGCCUUGUUUACAUAUGCAAACCAGCAAUCCAUCGACUUAUAUACCCAUGGAAACAUGCGAAGUUGUUGAAGGUCAAGUUAAAUUAGGGAAAUUAAGUGGAGACCUAACAUCAAAAAUGAUAAGACAGACUGCUGUCCCACCUAGAGAAAGGUUUGAUUCAAUUGUGAAUGAUGGCCAAGCAAUUAACAGAACAAGUAGAAAUAAAAUGGUUGCAUUUGGUCUAAUAAUGGAUGUAAAUUUGAUGAAAGUUGAUGGCCGUAUCAUCAGUGCACCUGCUCUUGAGUAUGGUGGGGAAGGCAACUCCCGCAUUGCUAGACCAGAUAACAGAGGAGUGUGGCGGAUUGAAGAUGGGAAGCAAUUUUAUAAGGUUAAAAAGGUGAAUGCAUGGAUUUUGAUGAGUUUUGCCAGUGACAGGUUUUGCGGCAUGGACAAAUUAAGGCGAUAUGCUGAUUGCCUAGUAUCUUCUAGUAGAAAAUGUGGAAUGAGUUGUGGACCACCAGUUGAUAUUAAGAUAUUUGAUCGGAGGACAAAAACAGAUGAAGCUCUCCAGUAUGCCAAAAAGAAGAAUGCAGAUUUCGCAAUAGUUGUUUUGUCAAGACGAGAUACUUAUCACACGUAUGAAGAAGUAAAAUUCCUGGCAGAUUUUAAGUAUGGAUUAGUUACUCAAUGCAUGGAAGAUAAAACUCUUGGUCGAAUCAAUGAUCAAAUUACCACUAAUGUUUGUUUAAAGAUAAAUGUGAAAUUAGGUGGCAUUAAUCAUAGAUUUCUUCAGAGGCCACAAGUAUUUGCAAGGCCUGUCAUAAUUUUUGGAGCAGAUGCUAUUCACUGGCCUAGAGGAUUUGGUUACCCUUCCAUUGCAGCCGUCGUAGGAAGUCUCGAUCCAACAGCCUCUAGGUAUGCACUAACAUGUUGUUUACAAGACCAAGAAAAAGAUAAAUUAUCUCAAGAAAUCAUUAAAAAUAUGAAAAAUAUUGUGAAAGGGAUCCUAGAACAUUUUCGGGCUGUUAAUAAUGGCCUUAGACCAGAAAAGAUAAUUUUUUACAGAGAUGGUGUUAGUGAAGGACAAUUUGUCACUGUGAUAGAGCAAGAGGUCAGUAGUAUUCAAGCAGCUUGUCAGGAACUCUAUGAACGUUAUCUCCCAAUAACAUAUAUAGUUGUUCAAAAAAGACACCAGACCAGGCUUCGGCCUAGAGAUCCCCGAGAAGGAGCUGGGAAAUGUGGCAAUGUUCCUCCUGGUACAACAGUUGAUACCACCAUCACUCAUCCGGUCUUUUUUGACUUCUUUGUGUGCUCACAUGAAGGGAUUCAAGGUACGAGCAAACCGGCCCAUUACACUGUCCUUCAUGAUGAUAAUAAGUUUGGUCCAGAUGAACUGCAGCAGCUAUCAUAUUUUCUUUGCCACACUUAUGUGCGUUGCACUCGAAGCGUUUCACUUCCAGCACCUAUUUUGUACGCUGACUUGGCGGCAGCUAGAGCCAAAAAGUAUGCUGAUUUGUUUACCCAAGAUGAUUCCAUGAGCAGCAGCGGUGGGUCAGAGCCAAAGAAUCGCCCUUUACCACCAGAGGUUGUAAGAGCUAUAGAAAAUAUGAAGAGUUUUGAAAACAAUAUGUUUUAUGUUUAAAAUGUUAUUCCUGCUACAUGUGUUAUUUUCAUUAGCAAUGUUGAAAAGCUUUUUAAUGUAUUGGAACUUUUAAAAUGAAUUUUAUAGCUUGUUUUUAAGCAGAAUAAAAAUUUAACUUUCAUCAU